AUGCAUCAAGACACAUUGACAACAAAGGCAUUUUCUCACUAUCAAAUAUUGCAAAACAUUAGGAUAUGUUUAAUGGAUCUUUUUAAGACCACAUCAGCUCCGCUAGAUUUAACAAAUAUUGAAUCUAAGUCUUUUUUCCAAGAGCAAGAAAAGAGACAGAAGAGGAACAGUAUUUCAUCAGAUGGAAAAAUGAUGAAAAUCAUAUCUCUGUACAUAAAUUCAUAUAAAAAAGCAUUAUCUUCAUUUUUUUACCGUGCUUAUGGGUAUUUAACUAAAUGGUCAAUGACAGUUAAAAGUCAGAUAUAUCUAAACAUUGUUUCAAAGAUGUAUUCUUUGUGGAAUUCACUACAGUUAGUAGACAUCAAAUAUGCGUUCUCAAUGCAUCAACCUUCUCGUUCUUGGAUCGACAAAAUGCAUGAUUCAGGAACAUAUUCAUAUUUCAACAACAGCAUUAAAUUGAGCAUCGUUGCAGCAAGAUCCCCUGCCACUGACAGCUUGUCAUCACUUCAAGUUCAGUUUAACAGCAGCUUUGUCAGCUUGGGAAGUAUUGUCAGCUUAGAAAGUCUAUUGCAUACUAAGAGUUGUAUUUUGACUCAAAGUGUAGCUCCAUCAAAUUCACCAAAAGAACUGGUUAUCCCUGAGUUGACAUCUGAUAUGACUAAUGCUCGUUUUGAUGCAGCAUUCAAAGUUAUGCAGUAUUUAGGAGGAGGAGCAUUUGGUCGUGUCUUUAAAGCUGAAGUCAAAGAGACUAAAGAAGAAGUGGUCAUCAAAUUCUUAAAGCGCGAGACUGCAGAACUCCCUGAUGAAGUCAAAUUCAUGCGACAACUUUGCCAUCCAAAUAUUGUCGAGUAUCGAUGUGUUUCAGCAAAUAUGGAAUAUGUGCAAAUUGUUAUGAGUUGUCAUGGACAAAAGUCAGCAUCAUUUGAAGCAUACAGAUCUUGUUUGUUCUCAUUCAGUGAAACUAUGUUGAUGUUCUUUGCCCGACAGUUUUUAGCCGGAAUCAACUACAUCCACCGUAAAGGAGUUGCGCAUAUGGAUUUGAAGGAAGCUAAUGUCAUUAUUAAUAACAAACUUCAAAUUAAGAUAAUUGAUUUCGGAUUAUCCAUUCAAGCCUUAGACCCUGGCUUCCAUCGUCCCAAAUAUGACUCUUUCGGCACCUCAUUGUACAUGUCCCCCGAGUUGCAUUUCUGA